AUGUAUUUUAAUUAUAUCAUUCUUUUAUUUGCAAUAAAUGAAGGAAAGCAUAGACAUAACUUUAAUAAAGCCAAAUCCAUGAUCACAUACGACAAAUUAAAUAUACCAAAUGACGAACUAGAAAAGUUUUUGAGAAACGAAUUGGUUGAAGUACUUCCUUUAAUAAAUGAUCAGAUCAAAGAAAAUUUUAGAAGAAGAAAUAUAGAUUUUAGUAAUUAUAGAGAUUUUAUUUUUGUAAAGAGAAGUGCUAAGCAGUUAAAUGGAAAGAAAAAGGUAGAAUAUACUAUUACAGAAAAAAUUGUACCAAAAAAUAGAAUCUAUGAUACUGAAAAUUCUAAUAUUUCAUAUACAUCUAUUUUUAGUUGUGUAGCUUUAUUUUUUUUACUGGGAUUGUCUUAUAUACUUCUUAUGAAAAUAAUAUUUAAAGGCAAUUUUGUAGAAAUAAUUAAUAAACAAUAG